GUGAAAACCAACACACCCCAUCCUCAUUCAUCUGGGCAGGCGCAAAAAAAACAUGCGAUGCAUAAUGUGAAUAAUAAUAGGACUGAAAAAUGAAAUUCACAAAAACUCAAAUUUUAUUUUGUCAAGUGGAAUGUUUAGCGGAUCAGUGAAAAUCAACACCCCCAUCGGCAUUCAUCUGAGCAAGUGCCGCGUCAAUCUCACGCUUCUGGAUUCGACCACUGAAACUCACUCUCGAGUCUCGUUUUCGAGUUUUCAUGGCCAUGGUUAGAUCUGGGAAACGAGACUUGCAUAGUUACACCAUUAGAGGCACGGAUAAAGUUGUUAAAGCUGGAGACUGUGUGUUGAUACGUCCUCCGCCAGAAAAGAGCAGUGCUCCUCCAGGUGUGGCACACGUGGAGGGAAUUGAAGCUGAUGAUAGUGACAAUGUGAAACUGCGGGUUAGGUGGUAUAACCGCCCUGAGGACUCAUGGGGAGGGCGGAGGGAGUUUCAUGGGGCAAAAGAGCUAUUCCUUUCAGACCACUAUGAUCUCCAAUGUGCCAAUGCUAUUGAAGGGAAGUGCACUGUUCACACCUUCAAGGCCUAUGUUAAUAAACUGCCAAAUGUCGGGCCAGAGGAUUUCUAUUAUCGGUUUGUGUAUAAAGCUGCAACCGGUACCUUUGUACCCGACUCGGUUGUAGUGUAUUGCAAGUGUGAGCUUCCUUAUAAUCCAGAUCAGUGGAUGGUACAAUGUGAGGAGUGCAAGGACUGGUACCAUCCUUCAUGUGUGGGCAUGUCUAUUGAGCAGACAAAAGAACUUGAUCAGUUUGUUUGCUCUGAUUGUGUAUCUGAUCAGAAUGUGAACAACCUUGAGGACACAGAGUCUUCUUCUUCAACAAUAACUAAUUGAAAGGUUGAGACAAAUCGCCAGAAGAGGUAGGAUGAAGACUGGCCAAAGCUAGUGAAGAAUGGAUGCUUCUUAUUAGUUAUACCUUUGGAGCAUGUUUUUUUAAUUGUGUGUAGUGGAGAAAUGGAAUGUCAUAUCUUCUCUACUUUAAUCUGGUUAGUUAUGGUAGCAUGCAUGAAUUAUGCUGGAAUCCGGUGACUGUUUUGUAAUUUUCUUAUAGUUGCUCAUUUAUAUCUAGGAUUACAGUAUGGUUCCUGCUUGUUAAGAACUGGUACAUUAAUUGCAAUCAGUUCUGAAUGACUCGGUUUUGGUCGGGUUAGAGUGAGUAAGUCUGGUUUUGGGUUCAGUUCAUGCUAGUUUAAAACUGUAUUUUCAAGGUAAUUUUAAUUGUGGCUGAAUAAUGCACACAUAAUGCAGUUGAUAGAAUGGG